AUGUCUAGUACAAGCCAGGAAGUAGUGGUGGAAAAGGGUGAACAUGAUAAGUGGAAAGAGGAUAAGACAGAAGAAGAGGGAACUGAGGAGAAAUCAUCAAAUAUCAGUCCUAUUAAUCAUGCAAAGGAGCCUGGUAGAACAGUCCCAAAGACUCAGACAAGUAAUCCCCCUCAGGAAAUUAGAGAUGAGGAUCUUAAGGAAGAUUGCUUAAUGUUCAAGUUGACUAGGUGUCAAGAGAAGCAGAUCUCUCUCCUAGACAGACAAGUCUUAACAUUGGUGUAUGCCUCUUGUGAUGCUGGAGAAAGAAGAAUGCUAUGGGAUUCUAUUAGCCAGGUUUCUAAUCCUUUUGAUUUACCUUGGCUAGUGGGAGGUGACUUCAAUGUCAUAUCUUCAGAAGAAGAAAAAUUAGGAGGUCUGCCAGUCUUGUACAAUGAAGUAGCAACUUUCAAUCAUUGUCUUAGCAGUUAUGGUUUACAGGAUCUUGGAUACGUAGGUAGUACAUAUACAUGGUGGAAUGGAAGAGCUGAAGAAGCACGCAUUUUUAAAAGGUUAGACAGGAUGGUAAUUCAUUUGAUAAAAAAGGGAUCUGAUCAUUCUUCUUUGGAACUAGAGUGUUCCACAACUGCUGAGGAGAUUAUCAAGCAACACUGGCGUAUAGAUUUUGAAGGAAAUCCAUGUACCAAGUUUCAUCACAAGCUCAAAAAGGUGAAGAAUGCAUUGAGAAGUUGGAGCAAGAACACAUAUGGCAAUAUUUUUCAGCAAAUUGCGUCACUUGAAGAGUUUGAAGAAGAUAGAAUCCCUUCUAAGUUUGGUCUAUUAAAGCAUAUCCCUACUCUAGUCACAAAAGAUCAUAAUCAUAAGAUAGAGAUGCUACCAACUGAAGAAGAAGUCAAAGACGCAGUUUUUGCCUUGAAUGGAGAAAGUGCUUGUGGUCCUGAUGGAUUCACAGGGUCGUUCUUUCAAUCCUGCUGGAAGAUAGUCAAACUAGAUGUAGUGGAUAUGGUGAAGGAAUCCUUUGUGGGGCAAGAACUACCAAGAUUCAUCACUCAAACAAAUAUGUUUCUUAUCCCUAAGAAAGAGCAGGUGCAAAGUUUCUCAGACCUGAGACCAAUCAGUCUCAGUAAUUUUACAAACAAGUUCAUCUCCAGGGUACUGCAUGAAAGAUUAGUAAAACUACUGCCAGGAUUGAUUUCUGAAAAUAGAUCAGCUUUUGUGAAGGGAAGGAGUAUCAUGGAUAAUGUACUACUCACACAGGAGAUUGUCAGAGAGAUAAACAAGAGAACCAAAACUGCAAAUGUGGUGGUUAAACUGGAUAUGACCAAGGCAUAUGAUAAAGUCUCUUAG